AUGUCCAAUAUGGCGAUUCACAGCUAUACUCAACCUUCAACUUCGGAUUCAAGUGGAAGAAGCUAUGGGAGGAGAGACGGUUCAAGAAUUGCAAUAAAAGAAUAUGGGCUAAUGAAGGAAUGCUACUGUGGAGCUCGGGCUAUAAUCGAUACUUGUCAUUCCCAGAUUGACCCAGGAAGAAGGUUCUACACUUGCCCAAACGUAGGCGACGGAGACUCUCACAUUUGGAAGUGGUGGGAUGAGGCAGUCAUGGAAGAGCUGAGUCUCAUGGGUGUCGAGGCUGGCGAAGUAGCGGAGAAGAUGGAUUUGUUCACUUACUUGGAUGAUUUAUAUAUGGCUACUCAGGAAAUCAAGCAGUUGAAGGGUGUGGAGAUUGAGACUACGAAAAAGAUUGCGAUGAUGGAAAUGGAGUUGGCCGAGAUGAAGAAGAAGAGAAGUGGCUUUGAGAUGCAGGAUCUACUUUGA